AUGGAGUGGCUCAAAUCGGUUCACUUUUAUCGCAAGGUGCCAGCGGAUCUUACGGAGGCGACCCUCGCGGGAGGCACCAUCUCUCUCCUCUCGUCGCUCGCCAUGGCCUACCUCUUUGUCUCCAACUUUCGCAGCUUUUUGCAGAUCGAGACAGUCACGAGCGUGCGGCUCGAUGAGUCACAGGAGAAGAAGAUCCAGAUCAACUUCAACGUGACGCUGCACCACCUGCCCUGUCGCUUCGCCUCGGUAGACAUCGCCGACGUGAUGGGCACACACCUGCAGAACGUAUCCGCAAACAUCGUCAAGACCCGGUGCGCGGCAGCGCCAUCAUGA